AUGGGUUGGAAUUACUGCUUGCAAUGGUUGUUCAUUUUGCCGUUGGAAAUCAUCGCUGGGGCGUUUACGAUAGGAUACUGGAACCCGGAUCUGACAAAGUCCAUAUUCGUGGCCAUAUUUCUCUCCGCUAUUGUCAUCAUUAAUCUUUUUGGUGUCAAGACGUAUGGCGAGGCCGAGUUUAUCUUUUCUCUCAUCAAGAUCACCGCAAUCGUCGGCUUCAUAUUACUCGCCAUCGUCAUAAAUGUCGGCGGGGAGCCCGAGAGCGGCUACAUCGGCGGCAUGUACUGGCGUAAUCCAGGCCCCUUCAACAACGGCUUCAAGGGCUUCUGCAGCGUCCUCGUUACAUCCGCAUUCUCCUUCACAGGCACAGAACUCAUCGGUCUCGCCGCUGCUGAGACAGCUAACCCGCGGAAAUCAUUACCGACAGCUAUUAAACAGGUUUUCUGGCGUAUCACGAUAUUCUACAUUGUUGCGCUACUGCUAGUUGGGCUUUUGGUGCCAUCUGACGAUAAACGACUUGUCGGCGGUGAUAAUGUCGCUGAUGCGACCGCGAGCCCAUGUCAGUUUCCACGAUUCCAUCUUUAA